AUGGGAGGUGUGCUGCUGGCUGCUCUUCUGGCUCUAGUCUCUGUGUCCAGGGCCCAGGCCGUGUGGCUGGGCAGGCUCGACCCCAAGCAGCUCCUGGGGUCCUGGUAUGUGCUGGCCAAGGCCUCCGGGGAAAGGGGCUUUGCGCUGGAGAAGGCCACGAAAAACAUUGAGGGGGUCGUGGUGACCCUCACUCCAGAAAACAACCUGAAAAUGCUGUCCUCCAGGCACAGGCUGGAGAGAUGCGACCUGAACGUGGUGGAGCUGCUGAGGCAGGACGCCGGCUGGGUGUUUGAGAACCCCGCGCUGGGCGUGGUGGAGUUCCGGGUGCUGAGCACCGACUUCAGGGACUACGCCGUGGUCUUCACGCAGCUGGAGUUCGCCGACGAGGCCUUCAGCACGGUGGAGCUGUACAGUCGGUCGCAGCUGGCCAGCCAGGAGGCCAUGCGCCUCUUCACCAAGUGGAGCAAGGGCCUGGGCUUCCUGUCGCAGCAGCAGGCUGAGCUGCAGAAGGACCUCACCUGUGCGCACAAGGCCUUCCAGGUAAGCUUCCCCCAGAACGUCACCUGGGGAUCCCUGCACCGCAGGAGGAGCCAGGGGGCCCGGGGAGCUCCCACAUCCCAGUGGGCAGGGGGCCCCUUGCCCCAGCCUGAGGGGCGGGUGGCUCCACUGCCGUGA